UCUACCUUUGCGUACCUAAUCCAUUCCACACGCGCUGUUGACGUCUAUUGACUAGCCGGCAUGUUUCCAGCGUUACGUAACAGCAUUAUUUGUCCCAACCAUUGACUGAGAGUGAGAACCAAGUGUUUCAUGGUGAAACAUGUGUAAUGUGGUUUGGCUUGUAUUUGGACUUUUGUGAAGCUAAUUAUGCUCAAUAAGUUGGGCUGCGUAAGUGAAACCAAGCUUGAUUUACAAAGAAAGACGUCUCACCAAUGCGACAAAAGACAGAUAUUAUCAUGUUUAGGAUAAUAUUUCUUCACCGUCGAGCCGUGAUGGCCUAUAUCGUCUUUACAUCAGCGUUAUUCCUCUUCGUGACGCUAGACGGGUCCGAGCGCCAGAAACCAGACGUCAACGCCAGAAUCAUAUUCUUUCCUCCAGCCCUAAAGCAGGCGAGACAAAUAGACGAUUUCGUGGAGUUUGUGGAGUUCUCUAAACGCAACACGACGCUGACGCUGAGCACCGUGUCCGAGUCUACCAGACUGCUGCUGAGACAGGAGAAGUGUCAUCUCCCUGACUUGAUCUACCCCACUAUGAUAAAAACAAAUACAAGUUUAGAGAGAGUUCCAAAAAUAGUCCAUCUAACGUGGAAAUCGGAGAAAGUUCCAGCAAAGGCUGUGCCUUUCAUUAAAAAGUGGCAGACGACAAACCCUGAUUGGGAGGUGUGGUUCUGGACGGAUAAAAACACGGCAGAGUUCAUGGAGAUAAAUUUCCCCGACUAUUAUGCUGUGUUUACAUCGUACAAAUCCAAUAUAGAACGCGCAGACGCCAUGCGCUAUUUCAUUAUUUACCAAUUUGGAGGUGUUUAUGCGGAUUUAGAUAUAGAACCAGUGAAAUCUUUGAACCCUCUGCUGGACAAGUACACUUGCCUUCUAAGCCAAGAGCCCUACGAACACGGUAACCUAAUGCGAAUUGAGAUGCUGAACAACUUCGGCUUUCUCGCUUGUAACGCUUUUAUGAUGUGUCGAAGACAGCACCCGUUCUUCAAAUUCGCAUUGGACAGCCUGAAGGUCCACAAGGACAACCCGGCAGGUGUCCUCCAUACCACGGGACCUGUGUUUUUAUCUAAAGUUUACCGCAAAUAUAUUGAAAGCUUCAUCAUAGGACUGUGCAGGGACAAAGCUAGUCGCAUCGGUGUCGCUCCUGCGGAAUUUUUCAUGCCAAAGUAUGACACUCUUUUUAACAGUACGGUCGUGUUUGCUUGCAGCAGAUUCAGUGCAUUCAUUUAUGGUCUCACCUACGGACAAAAACUCAUAUGCGACGAUCUGUACAGUCGCAGAUUUCGGAAUAAGAUUUUGAAAGUGACGUUUACGGAUCAUCACCAUUUUCAUACAUGGGCCGAAGGCAAGGACCUCUAUUUUGAAAAAGGUUUUGACUUCAACAGUUCAAAUAUCAGGGCUAUUUUACCAAAGGCUGUUGUCAAAGAAUUUAGCCUACAAAACAAUUCUCUGAAGACCUAGGCUGUUAUAGCCUCUUAUUUUUAUAUCCGUAUUGUGGGGAGUUUGGGGGAUGGGUCGGUAUUUAGAGUUACUGUCAAUUAGGUUAGGAUCCGACAAUCACGGGGUAAUCAUUUAUGCCUGAAACGGAGAACACCGCGUGACUGCCAUAAAUUGCAACGGCUCCUAACUGGUGUUACAGAAUUAGUAUGUAUUAGAUCACGAAGCAGGUUGGAUGGAAUUGCUGUGUUGGAGUUCUUCAGCAUUGGACCUCGUUUUUGUCCAAAUUUCCAUGUGGAGGCUCAUUAACGUCAUGCGGAUCUCCUCUAUCAGUUAGACUCCCGGGCAGUCCAUUUCGUCAUCCGGAUGGCCACCCCUAAAGUACGGGCAACAGGAUGAGGCUGGUCAAACUCGCCAGGAAUCCAAGAACAAUUACCGACGGAACAAUCCGGCUCGUGAUAGUGCCAAAUAAAUUAGAACAAUAUAUACAUGUUACAUGUACAUGUACUUCUGAGUCUUUAUGUUUUUAAUUUCCUGUUGAUUUAAUGUCUAUAUAUAGUGAGAAGAA